AUGUCGCCGAGAUGUUUGUGGCGAGCGACUGUGACGCUUGUCGCGGCGGUUUCAUUCUUUUGGCUACUGGCCUUUGAUCUCGGCACCCCCGCCCUCUUGGAGGAGGAUUCGGCAGUCGGUGCGCAUCGCAGGACUGCCGCCUUUUUUCUCCAUGCCUCCAUGGACGCUGCCCCGCCGGUGGAGGACCGCGAUGCCUACUCCUCCCUCUACUGCGUGGGACACAAAUUUAACGAUCCACAGAGGGCUACUGCGGCGUCUUCGUCGUACCCGGGCGGUUCCGUGCGUGGGCGAAGGGAACCAGUGGACGGCGCCGUGGAGACAGAGCGCGUGGAUGUCGUGGUAAAUGGUGUGUUCCUGCCGGACUUUACGGACAAUGAGAGCUCAACGGAUACGGAUAUAACUCUGGGCUCUGCUGAGAGUUAUUUUUAUCCCAUUUACAAUCGCACCUGCCUGUACACGUUUGUGUAUUUUGACAAUAAGCGAAAUAAGUUUUUAUUUUAUCUUCAAAACACAUCUACACACCGUCGUCUUCUAGCUGCGGGGAAGCUGAAGCUUCCACCCGUGUCGUUGAGUUCGAGGCCUCUGGAGCUGCCACGUGUAAAGGCGAAAGCGCUUCGACAGAAGUCUCAGUGGGCCUUUACCUAUUCUCCAGUGGUUGUUUUGGGUAGACAUCCUUGUGAGCAGGUGAAGCAAGCACGACGGAAGCGACAAGACGAGGUUGCUGUGCCCUUUCAUAAUAUGCUGGUGGCAUACUUUGUUCCAACUGUGGCGCCAUGGAACUUCGCUCACACGCUCCUAUGUGACCUAUUUGGUUUUUUUUGGGGUUCCAUGGAACUCCAGCGCGUGUUUGCUCACACAUUUCCCGCUGAGGUAAAGUUUCUUUCUGAGGCUCUGCCAGAGGCGCAGCUAAUCGCCGCGUCGUUUCGUUACUUUCCACAGCAUAAACUCCCGAAUUCAAACAAGGCGUUUGCGUUCAUGUCUCGGCGACCGGCAAUAUAUGACCUGGCACUUCCCUCGGGCCUGUACCGAGGACUGCUGGCAGGUACGGGGACAAAGAGCUGGAGUUGGGUGACAACCGCCUAUGCGGCCAGUGGAUCUCCAGCGCUGUGGUACGCCUUUCGACACUACAUCAUACGCCAUACAGGGGCUCAGCAGCCUUCCCACCGCAGUAAGGCUUUCCCUGCCUUGUCUGACCCACAACGUCCGCUGCGCGUGUCGAUUUGCCACAAAAGAGACAAGCGCGGUAUUGUAAAUGAUGAGGAACUUAUUCUUUUUUUGAGGAAGCAAUUUGGAUCGGCGAUGAAUAAUGUGGAGUUUCUGCUGGAGAGUAUUGUGAGCCACAGUGCGAAGGAGCAGGUGGAGAUGAUGUUGGCAACGGACAUUUUUGUUUGCAACGAAGGCACCUUGGCGACAAUCUUCUUUUUGAUGAAUCCCGGUUCCGUGUUUGUGGCGAUUCCGCUGGUGUAUCAUUUGCCACAUCUGCACCGGCACAACAUGCCAUCUCCGGACACCUGGUGGUCGCUUCCGGAUCUUAUCCGUGUGGAUCCCCGAUUCAACACGGGUGGAAAUAUUGACUGGUUUCCCCCGGCUAUCCCAUGGGUGCGCCUCACCUGGUACAGUGAGAUUCCGCUUUCAGAGACAUCGAUUCAGCAACCUUUGCGUGGGCUGCACAACUAUAUGCCUGACUACAAUGUUCGUAUAAAUCUAGAACGUUUUGCAUCUGCAAUGCAGCGGUCUAUUGCAUUCGUUCGAGGCCGAGGCACGUUGUGGAAUGUAAAUUUUGCUUCAACGCCGUCUAAUCAACAUGCGGCUUCUCUGAACGUUGGCCAGGAUGCGGUGCACUCAGGCGUUGCCUCGUUUGAGGAGAGGCAUCAAUACGUUACAGUUUCCCUGGAGUCUACCAAUCUGACAUAUAUCGUGAAUAACAUUUCGCUUCGUCGCAUAUUUUACUUACAUGAGAGUCUUGCUGAAAGCCAUCGCUUUCGCGGCCGAGCUCAUAGGCCACCGAAUUACUCUGUUACGGCGGACCAAUGCCGUCGUUUGCUGCAUCUGCGUCCGGAACUUGCGACAAGCUUCAACACGGCACUUUGCCGCUACGGUAUGAGUUGGCUGUGCGAAUUGUUUGUAAAUGGUCGCUACCCUCAACGUUUUUUUCAUGACAAAUGGCGACUAAGCCAUGGACGGUGCGGCGGGGAGGAGAGUUGGCCGGAGUACUGGCGGCGAAGGCCAGAGGCAUUGCGUAGAGCCGUUAUGGCGCGGGCGGCAGAGGCGAGUAUGCCUUUGCUUGACCUUGGUGAGGCGACAGAUUAUUUUUUUGAUAUGCGGGAGCAGCUAAAUCUAUCGCAGUAUCUUUAUUUUUCCAGGGAAGAUCUUGAAGCAAGCUAUCGUGCUACGAACUUGGGCCCUCACUUGAAGGUCGAGGAGGAUGCCGUGCAGAGGUUGUUCGGUUAA